ACGUUUUAGUGCCUGAUGUCGCCUCGCCUCUCACUUCGGAGGGUGCGAGGAUUGACACCCGUCUACAAUAAAUCUGACUGUUGCCGGGGUGUGGACAUAGAUACGACUGCACCUAGAAACCAGAGCUUAACGAUACCACAGCGUACACACCCGAAUAUGCAAGUAAAACUGGUUUUGUUUUUGGUUGUGUUGAUAACAAUUCAACAUGCAUGUACAAGUUCAUUCAUUGGAAGGCGUAUAGUAUCCAAGAACAUGGUGGAGAGGGAUGCAGAUGUGGAGCUAGAGGAUGUGGAAGAGGAUCUGCAGCAGCUGGCCCAGUUCAUGGAGUCUCAGAAUCGCUAUGACGACACUGUCAAUUAGCACUCAUCAACUUUUAAACUAUCCUGUAUGUUCAUGUCAACAAAAUUAACAGCUGGACUACUGACCAACAUACAGUAAUAAAAAUAGUGUUGAUGAGUU